GGGGCUGGGCGGGCUCGCGAGGGGCCGGGUGGUCCGCCGGGGGCGAGGGAGAGUUUCAGGGCUCCGGGCCGCGUUCUGGGCAGAGUUCCCCCAGGGCGGGCGUGCCCGCCCCGCUCGUCCCAGCUCCCAGCACCCGCUGCCUUGGCUGGGGCGGCCGGGUUCAUUCAUUCCCGGCCUGGGGACUCCUAGCUCAGCCCCCGCGGAGCCACGGCCCCGAUUCCAGCCCGAGGCCCGGCACGCUCGAGCGCUCACGACCCAGACCUUCUCCCCUCCAUUAUACAGACCGGGAAAACUGAGGAGGCGACAGCUGAUCGAGGUCUCCCCGCCGGUCCGAGGCGAGACAGGUCUCACCUGCCUUCUUGCCUCCCAGGGCCUCUCCGCGACCACUUCCCGGGGGUCCGCACUGUGCGAUGGCAGAGAAGGUGCUGGUAACAGGCGGGGCGGGCUACAUCGGCAGCCACACAGUGCUGGAGCUGCUGGAGGCGGGCUAUUUGCCUGUGGUCAUCGACAACUUCUGUAAUGCCAUCCGUGGAGAGGGCUCCAUGCCUGAGAGCCUGCGGCGGGUGCAGGAGCUGACAGGCCGCUCUGUGGAGUUUGAGGAGAUGGACAUCUUGGACCAGGCAGCCCUACAGCGUCUCUUCAAGAAGCACAGCUUUAUGGCAGUCAUCCACUUUGCGGGGCUCAAAGCUGUGGGCGAGUCAGUGCAGAAGCCUCUGGAUUAUUACAGAGUUAACCUGACAGGAACCAUCCAGCUUUUAGAGACCAUGAGGGCCCACGGGGUGAAGAACCUGGUGUUCAGCAGCUCAGCCACCGUGUACGGGAACCCUCAGUACCUGCCCCUGGACGAGGCCCACCCCACGGGUGGCUGUACCAACCCCUAUGGCAAGUCCAAGUUCUUCAUUGAGGAAAUGAUCCGGGACCUGUGCCAGGCAGACAAGGCCUGGAAUGCAGUGCUGCUGCGCUAUUUCAACCCCAUAGGCGCCCACGCCUCCGGCUGCAUCGGUGAAGAUCCCCAGGGCAUCCCCAACAACCUCAUGCCCUAUGUCUCGCAGGUGGCGAUAGGGCGACGGGAGGCACUGAAUGUCUUUGGCAACGACUAUGACACAGAGGAUGGCACAGGUGUCCGGGAUUAUAUCCACGUCGUGGAUCUGGCCAAGGGCCACAUCGCGGCCUUGAGGAAGCUGAAGGAGCAGUGUGGCUGCCGGAUCUACAACCUGGGCACCGGCACGGGCUAUUCAGUGCUGCAGAUGGUCCAGGCCAUGGAGAAGGCUUCUGGGAAGAAGAUCCCGUACAAGGUGGUGGCACGGCGGGAAGGUGAUGUGGCUGCCUGUUAUGCCAACCCCAGCCUGGCCCUCAAGGAGCUGGGCUGGACAGCAGCCUUAGGGCUGGACAGGAUGUGUGAAGAUCUCUGGCGCUGGCAGAAGCAGAACCCUUCAGGCUUUGGCGCGCAGGCCUGAGACCUUCCCCUGCCGUGGUCCAGGAAAGGAAAAGAGAAACAACUGCCUGCUCUCCAGCCUCGGGCAGGAACCCAGGGGUCUCAGAGGCUCUGCUACCUCAAACCCCAGCUGGGCCCGCUCAGCCCACCAGGCAUGAGGCCAAGGGCCCCAGUGACCUGGAGUCGGGGGUCUCUAACUCUUCUCUUUCAGAGUCUGGGAACCCAUCAGGAUCUCCAAGAACAAGAUGGGGAGGCAGGGCCUUGAAACAAAACACCCUCCUCCCAGGCGCUAAUUUAUACUGCUAUGAAGAAGUUUUCCAAAGUAUUUAAAAUAAAAAGUUUUCUUACACUGGGA